AUGGCCGAUUCAGAAUUUUUAUUCAACGUAGAUCACGGUUAUUUAGAGGGUCUGUGUCGCGGUUUUCGGAGUGGUAUUUUGACCCAAGGCGACUACUUGAAUCUUGUUCAAUGUGAAACCCUUGAAGAUCUAAAGUUGCAUCUUCAAAGUACGGAUUAUGGUACUUUCCUUCAGAAUGAACCAUCACCUUUACAGGUCGCAACUAUCGAUGAUAAACUCCGAGAGAAACUAGUAAUUGAAUUUCAACACCUUAGGAAUCAUUCAUUAGCACCAUUAUCCCAAUUUUUGGAUUAUAUCACUUACAGCUACAUGAUUGAUAACAUCAUCUUACUUAUUACUGGUACACUUCACCAACGUGCUAUUUCGGAACUAUUGCCUAAAUGUCAUCCUUUAGGUAGUUUCGAACAAAUGGCUUCAAUUAGUAUCGCAUCAACACCAGCUGAGUUGUAUAACGCUGUCCUUGUUGACACACCGUUAGCUCCUUUCUUUGUCGAGUGUAUCUCCGAACAAGACAUGGACGAAAUGAACAUAGAAAUAAUCAGAAAUACGUUAUAUAAGGCAUACCUGGAAUCAUUCUACAACUUCUGUCAAAAUAUUGGGGGUGCAACGGCUGAAGUUAUGGGGCAAAUUUUACGUUUUGAAGCAGACAGGCGUGCUUUCAUUAUAACCAUCAACUCGUUUGGCACUGAAUUGAGCAAGGAUGAUAGAGCAAAGCUUUAUCCUCGUUGUGGUCAGUUGUACCCUGACGGUCUAGUGAAGCUGGCUAAGGCAGACGACUAUGAUCAAGUGCAAAAUGUUGCUCAAUACUACGGUGAAUAUCGUAACAUCUUUGACAACGUCGGUAACGGACCUUCAGAAAAAACACUCGAAGACAGAUUCUUCGAGCAUGAGGUAAAAUUGAACGUGCUAGCGUUCCAGCAGCAAUUUCAUUUUGGGGUUUUCUACGGUUGGCUGAAGUUAAAAGAACAAGAAAGCCGGAAUGUCGUUUGGAUUGCUGAAUGUAUUGCUCAACGAAAUCGAGGAAAAAUCGAUAACUAUGUUCCUAUAUUCUAAAAAAUAGGUUAAUAUCAGAAUAAGAGGCGAUGAUAUUUACAUAUCGAUGGCAGUAAUGCUGUGAUAGUCAGUCUAAGACUUUAUCGUCAUUAAUGAAAAGCUAGAUGAAAUUAAAAUGCAUGUGUGCUGACUUUUAGAAAUUGAUUAUAUUGUAAUCGGAAGAAAAAACGUAAAACACUAGUCACUGACUGAAAUUUAGAACUAUGAUUGAAUAUACUAUUUGUUACGCCUUUAUAACAUCAUCAACAAAACAUGAUAAAUCAUAAAAUAUACGCGUAUUAUUACUCUUAGGCAAUACUAUGUUAGGGGUAUAACGAUAUAUGUUUUACAAAUUUAUUCGCUAACUGCUUUUAUCUAUUCAAAAACUAAGCGUUUAGUAAGUGCUAUUUAGAUUUAAUUCAUUUAGGUGAAAAAUCUGAUAGAUUUUUACAAUUUCGAGCUGUGGCAUUAAGAGAUUUCGGUAGUAACUGUAGCACUUGUAGUCGUAGUUCGAAAUUGUUUCUUUAGCAACAAAUGUUAUUUUACGACUGCGGCAGCAACUAAACCGUAACAUGCAUACUGCAAUAUUAUAUUGUUAGUGUGUUAUAGCAUUUAUUUAUUUAGCUUUGACUUAAUUAAAUAGUUAUAGUUUUAAUAAUGAAUAUUUGUCUAUUUUAUGCUGUACAUAAUAAUAAUAUCUAAAUAAAACAGCGCACAUCCGAUCUAGUUAUGG